AUGCUGUAUUCGACUGUCAACGCUAACACGUCUUGGACGCGCGCUGAAUACUUGCUUAACACGACAUCGCAAACACCCGCCGCCAUGGAUCUCCACAUCGCAAGGUACGCAGUCUUCUGUUCCAUCUUUCUCUUUAGCGUAACUGGGAACACACUGGUAAUUCUAACCGUUGUUUUGCUUCGGAAAAUGAAAACAGUCCCAAUGAUAUUUAUAGCGAACUUAGCAGCCUGCGACCUUACCACUACUGUUUCAAGUAUAGCGUUUGACUUGCCAGAGCUGGAACUCGGCUAUUGGCCGUACGGAGCUGUUCCCUGCAGGAUUAUUUAUCCACUGGCUACAUUUUCAACCAACUCAGCUGCGUUAACUCUAGUGGCGAUAUCAAUUGACCGGUACAUCUCGAUAAUUUGCCCCCUUAACCUGCGUUACCGCAUCACGAAAGGUAAAUGCUUUAAGAUAAUCACAGCGAUUCAUUUUGCCUCUGCGGUCGCAGUUGUACCUUAUGUACUCAUUUUGAAAUACACAGCUGGCUUGGAAUCCCCAACGUGUGGCGAAAAUUGGCCCGAAGGUUAUUCGCUGAACAAAGUGUACACAGUACUGCUGUUUGCGCUCCAAUAUGGACUGCCUUUGGUUAUUAUGUCUGUCGUUUAUACGCGAAUCGGCCUAAAACUUUGUAAAAACACUGGAAAAGCUGCUGAGCUUAGUUCUGGGAAAACAAACAGAUCGCGCAGUUCAACAACCAGCUCGGGGCAGACUCUCCUCCACAGUGCACUGGACAAAGCAACUCACUCCAUUCAGCGCAGAAAAAGACAGAACGAGAAAACUGCGAAAAUGUUUCUGUUUGUUGUUCUUAUCUUUUUGAUAUUCAUGAUGCCGCAUCAAUUGCUCUGGCUUAGCUACGAAUAUGCUAGCAACACCUCUGGUUUCCAGCAACAUGAAGACCUCGUGGUCUUUGUAUGCCGCGCUUUUACAUACGCGAACUCUGUGUUAAACCCACUCGUUUAUGGUGUGUGUAACGGUAAUUUUCGUCGUGGCGUUUUGUCAGUGCUGAAGUGUCAGUGCAGCAAGGCGAGUCAGAGAAAACAGGUGAGGGAAGCAGAAAUUAGAAGAACUGAGACAAUGUUGUCUACGAAUUCAACGCCUUUGUAUGGUGGUUCUUCGGGCUUUAAAGAAAACAGUACACAUGCAAAUUCUGUCCAUUUCUCCCUGCGAAGGGAAGGUUUAAUUCGUAACGGAAAUGGUGUGGUACACCAAGGAGCUUUGAGGACAAACUUAGAUCAAGGGUCCAUCUCUAAACUGCCAACAAAAGAAUUCAGGACGAAAAGUGAAACGGAAGAAAACAACAAUUUGUACAAAACGAAACCAAGCGGUGAUAAAAUUCCUAAAGAAAGCGUCGCCGCUAAGCCGGAAAUUCGUAACUCGCUGUAUGAUAACUCAUUAAACAGCCAUCUUCUACAUCAAGACUCAGAUAGCGAUACUAUGAUAUGGCUACGAGAAACGGAAGCUCUUUUGAACAAACUCUGCCGCGAACUUGACGUCUCCAGAGGAGACAAAAGCAGUCAGUACGGAACGCAACGGGAAAUUCCAUUCCCUUUGAAGGAGAAGAACAUUUUAAGCGCCCAGUUGAGCGCGGAAAAAGAGACAAUUCUUUAAAUAAACCCAGAACAUUGUGGGAGAUGGUAAGAUUUCUUUAAAGCCAUUUGUAAGACAACGUCUCCCCCCAUCGUGGAGAGCAUAACAAAAGAAUUUUAUUUUAAGAGGGUAAAUUAGCAAACAAACUUGGUUGACUGACAAGAACCGGUUCAUCAUGUGUUUUUACAUUUCCUGUUCAAAGCGAUUUACAAAUUAUUUCAAAAUGACUAGACGUUGAAAUGAAUUGUUUUAGGUCGAUAUUUAUCGUUCCAGACAUUUCUCUCAUUAACAGAACAACAUAAAUUUCAGCUUAGAGUGCUAAUUCUCGACACAAUUUCAAGAAUGGAAUGAUUUAUUUGGGUUUGCCUCAUGUAUCAUUAACAGAUUAAGUCGUUGCUUUUGAAUAGCUGGCGACAAGUCCAUUGUAAAUCUCUUUCAAAUGCGUCAUUCAUUUUGUCAAUAAGCGCCUGGUUUUUUUCAAGUUUGUUCAUCCAUCGUAAUUCGUCGCAACUUCAACAAAUUUUUUCAUUUUGAAACACUCCCUCUGAUACGUGCAGAGGAAGUCUUUGCAAGCUGUUCCGUUUUAUCUGUUUCGAGAUUUGGUAAAGGAACUGAAAAUUGCAAAUGCGAUUCGCGUAAAGUUUUCGAGAUCCUAUUAACAAACAGUAUUUGAAUAAAGCUCUUAUGCUAAAGACUGAUUAUUUACAUAGGAAUUAGUUUGCAGAUUUUUUUAACCAAAUUUUUUUAAGAUUAGGGAUUUGUUUAUUUUAAAUUAAGAGAAAAUUUCGACUUGACAACCUUACUUUGAGAAUAGUAACGAAAUAACAUAGAAUUUAUAGUAAGUAAUGAAAGAUGUACCUUUUGAAACAUGCAAUUCGGGCUAGUAUUGCUUUUCUUAACCGUUGUGGCCGAGCACACAAGAUAUUUAUAAACUGAUAACAAUGAACGCCGUCUAGAGUUGUACAAACAACUUGACAACUGAGGUCAAUCCCUAUCGAAUGUUCUUUUCUUCUGUAAGACACGGGAAAUAAGUUUUCAAAAUAGAAAAUUUCACAUGCACUGAUUUUCAUUGUGGUUGCACAGCAUGUUUCGUAGUUAAUUAAUUUUUCGUACUCGGAGGCGGGCAAACGAGAGUAAACACGAGAUUUAAUGAAGAAUUCUAAGAUGUGCGUUCUUGAUUUCAUAAUAAUGUUGUACUAAAAGAAAGCAAUUAAGAGAAGUUAUAUCUUAUUAAAUUACCAUCUUGUUAAAUUUAAUUGCUUCGGUACCAGUCAGCGCUGAGGCCAUUGCCUUUGGUUUGAAUUAAAAGCACUUUUUGAACUGUUUCGCCUCUAAAGGAUUCAAUUUCAUUUUGAAACGAGAUAGGAAAGUUGUAUGGCCCUACUCAAAAAUAAACAUGCCCGCUUUGAAACCCCACGAUGGUUAUACUAAAUAUGUUUUUAAUUAACUUCGCACCUGAACUGGAGUAUUCGCUAUUGCGACAGCGGUUGAUUUCUAUACGUGAGGCAACAACCUUGAAUCCAUAUCGAAGGCGGUUAAACCUCAUAGAAAAGGUACGCAUAUAUUCGGACAAGCUCUACAAUCAGUAACUUUCAAAUUGAGUGCCAAGCAAAUAAAACUACGAAUGAUAACAUUUAUCUAGCUUCUGUUGAGUCAGUAUCACCCGGCCUAAACAGAACUUUUUCGAGCUGCAAUUUUUUAUUUUCUAAAUUUUGAACAUAUCAUGGGGUUAAGAAAAAGUUUAUUUUCAGAAAGAAUUGUUUUGAGGCUGAAGGAGUCAAAUACUUUGGUCCAUUUAUGGCAAUCUUAAUUUUAUUGUUAGGGUAUGGUUAGGGGAAUUUUUUUGGAGCCAUUUUUGAAUCAAGAUCGGCGCAAGACACGUCCGAAUUUUCUCAAGCAAAUUGACAAGUGAGAUCACUUCUAAAUAAAUCACGCAUCGACAGUUAAGUUCAUGAAUGUUUUCGCUAUAUAGGAAAUAGCAAUCUGUGGUUCAUUCGUGGCGGUUGUCAUGUUUUGUUGAAAGUAAAUCUAUAUCCUUUUGCUCUCGUUUCGGCCUGGGGGUAUGAACUGAGUAGGGUAAACCACUUUGACGAAAACAAACCUCCUCACUUUAAAUUAAUUUGAGACAGAGGUUUAACAUGACCCAGUAGUAUCAGGAAAUUUUCAUAAUUAUUGGGGUCAAAAUGAGCAAAGUAAAUGGCACAUCAAAACAGAAGGCCAAAGUGGUUUGGUUUUACACUCUCUACAGAUUUUGGCCAAACUGCCUACAACCGACAACAGAUGGGAACAGAAGAGUGCAGGAACUCUGAAGGUGUUUGCUGUAACUUUAUAAUACCGGCAAACCUUCAUUGUUGUUAAGAAAUUACAUUAAAACUCAGCUGGAGUUGUUUAAAAUAGAUAUUAUCAUCUUUCUGCGAUUUUAAUAUCUUAUGUUGAUUAUUAUCGACUAGAAUUUAUUGUAAACAUAUUUGUAGGAAUCAAAUACCUGCAUUGCUUAAGGUAACGGCUGUGAAGAUGCAAGGAAUUUAUUAAGCUUUUUCAGUCUUCAUUUUAUCUUAUCCAUUGAUCUUGCCGUGUUAGCUAACCGACAGAGAUAGAAUACGUAAGAUGAAUUCUUGAAAUGGCACAAUAUGCUGAGAGGCUGACUUUUCGUCGGAAUUUUUUUGCUGACUAAGCUUUCCGCAUUUCGUUGAAAGCUUAUCAGGUUUGUGAUAUCUAAAAGGUUUAUAUAUUGCUCCCUAAAACAAGUACGAGUGAUAUCAGGAUCAGACAGGAAAUUAAAUGACUUCUUUUAAAGGCUUUCUUUUCUCCGGCUUCGUUAUGUCCUCUGCAGGUUCUUGUGCUGUCACACUUUAGCCCUCUCUCGACAAAAUACUGAAAACGCCUGAUAUCACAAGAUAAUACAAUCUUCUUUCAUUGAUCCCAAGGAAAAAAAAAAGACUGACCAUGUUCAUACUCUUAAGAAAAUCGCACAAGAUUGCGCCAAAGUGAAACGUGGACGAAAAAGGCAGUUUUCUCGUCUAGGAUCUUCCUUAUUCUCGUCAUCACUACUAACGUAGCGGAAAGAAGUCUGGAAGCAGUAAUACGUCUUUUUGUAUACCGAUAUCUAUAAGUAUUGCCAUAUGUUAUAUGAAAAAACCCCAGAUUAUUUACACAAAUCUUCCUCGUGCACCAUGUUUUCUUUCUCACAUCAAGUGCUUCAGCUGGCCUAUGCCACCAUAGAAUUAUUCCUCUGAAUUGUAGGGCAUCGGAGCGCAGAAUCUGCAAAUAUUUACCUUGUCCUACACAAGACGAAAAACAUCUUUCUUGAAAAAAAAAACAAACAAACAAACAGAGAAAUUCAUUCGCCUUGCUUCGCCUUCUUGAUUUCACUCUCCUAAAAUUCUCGAUGUGCGAAACCAAAUGCGAAAAAAGUUCUUGAGUCACCCUCUAAAAUGUCAGUUUUCUUAAGCUGAAUUUCAAGUUGUCGAAAUGGAAAUAUAUAAAGGAAGAGUCUCACUGUGGGAAAAUUCGCCAUGCGUUUUACUUCAUUUCGACACUCAUGGGUUGUGAUCAUGAAUAGAAAGGGAAAUCUUUUCUUUUUUCGCAGUUCUUCCCUUUAAUUGGAUAAAUUUAGUUUUCUUAAAUAAAUUCUUAAGAGCUUAUAUUAAUUCAUGUCAAACAACUAUGAGCAGAAAUAACUUUGACAUUCCCAUAUUUUGCUCUGAAGCCGUUUAUGCCGCGAUCACAUUAUUUUCGUCCAGGACUCCUUCGGUUCAAAGAAAAGUUGGAAAGGAGCUGGCACUAGCCAAACCCUCCUCCUCAAACUGUAUGCUCGCGUGGCCUGCCGAGGAAUGAUUAAAUUUAUUAAUAAUCGGCUUUCUGUCCUCACAGAUGGCAUCAUCACCUGAUCACGGAAGCCUGCGCGUAUGAAUCAGCUAUUUUACGUAACCGUCGCACCCUUCCAGAGUGGAGAAAACUAUUGGUACGUUGAAACUUUGAACAAAAAGCGGUUGUUGAUCUUGCAAUGAAACUAUGGAGCAUGCACCAUAACCUUUGGAGGGUCAGCUAAAAAAGAGCUUUUCAUGAUCUACAAAUUAAAGUGAUUCUUGGCUCGCUGGCGGUAAAAACCAUCUCCUCCUCAGAUGAAGUAAGGGCUCGCGAUCGGUCAGGGAAACCCCAGGGUGGUAAGGUAGUUUAAGUUUUCUUUUUGACUUAACACGGACGGUAUGAACAUGAGAAAUCACAGGUAUAGUUUACACUGCUCCUAAGGUGUACAUUUGAACAACUCAGCAUUCUUGACGCAUGUACGUAGCCCGGAUGUGAAAAAAACGGAGGCACACCUCAAGCAGAGCAGCAGUCAACAUCGGAAAGAUACUGCUUGCUGCUAGUGUAGAAAGCAGCUGGAUCUACUUAGUGGAUGAACUCGCAUCAUUUUCAUAACCUCCAGCCUUUAAGAUCUUUUGUAAAAGAUCAUUUUAUCAAAACAACUAGGCAGGGCCGUAUGGUUUUUUUUCAAGUCAUGCCUGUGCGAGAAACCAAACAGCAAAAUUCUUAAAGGAGUAACUUUCUGAAGAAACUGUGGUGCUGCGUCCGUGGUAGAGUAUAUCAGGGUAAUUUGGUAUUAUCAACUGAGUUGAUAACGGAAAUUUGCCACCGUUGGAGCGUUAGCCCUUCGUCAUAGCUCUGACGAAGGGCUAACGCUCGAAACGUCAUUAAAAUUUUUAGUCACUCUUUGUAGUCUUCCACGCUAGGAUUCUAAGGCAAUCAAUGGCAAAAACAUUUUCCUUCAAGUGUUAUGAGGCGUUGAUUUUGUUCGCUGAAAAUAGUAUUCCUGUGUUCAGUAUCACUGAGAAAGGCAAUCGCAUCAUCUCAGGACGAGGAACACUCACAGAAGAGUAAGGAUCUCAGUGAUCAAGAAAACUUCAACGGCUUCUAAAGAACGUGUAUUCGCCUUCGACACAGUAGACAUGGCUCAUAAAGUGUGGUCGUCUCCCAAACUCCAAAGAAGUAAGAUCAGGCGAAAAAGAAAUGAGAUCCGCAAAGGCUGGCGAAGGAUCGCUUGGACUGUAAGUGGAAAACAUGAAGGAUUCGUUUUUGACGAUAGACAACUGACAUAGGAUAAGACGUGUUCAAGCCACUGAUUUUAAAAUCUAAGAGGUGAGUUAUUUGGAACUCUAAACAUUACAGUGAAAGUCAUAUUCAUAUCGAACAAACAUCAUCUUUUAUUCCGAAAUGCUUGUUAACAUAAGGCUGUCUUGAAUUUUGAAGCUGAUAUUGCUAUUUUUAAUUAAAUAACUGCAGACUAAACGGCAAUGAACCUUCUGUUACAAACACGGCUUUUUUGUUCUUUUCCUGUUUUCUCGGGCAUGUCUUCCUGGAAUUUUCUGAUUUGUCAUAAUGAUUGACUAGUUCUCAGCAAGAGAAUUUAAUUUGAUCAACAGCUCAUAAAGGUGAAUGAAGCGGAAAUACUUGCAAUGAUUCCCAUGACCGGUAUUUCCUUCACAUGCAUAAGGUAUUUAUCACAUUGAUUCAUCAAAAAACGAGUAUUGCAAAUUGAAAUUAAAACAACUGUAGCAAUUCUUAAGCAUGAGAAAGAUCUUUCCACUCAAGGAAUGUGUUAACAUGAAUUUUCUAAUUUGAAUAUUAUCAGGGAAAAACUGUGCUAGUUUUCUCUAACUUUCGCCAUCCUCUUUAUUCAGAGGCCUUUUCUUUUCAUUCCCUUUUUUUAAUCGCACUACUUGGUAAUUUUAAGUUCCUCCCACGGAAGGGGUUAUUUGGAGUUAACAUCAGCAUUUAUCGUUCGUUAGAAUGACUGAAGUUGUUUUAAUUUCAGUUUGCAAUACUCAUUCAUUCUCACAACGUCGUGCAUAUCGACAACAGCUACGACACCAAUACCGACUUCUGUUUCCUUUAUGAAUCGAGGUUGGUAGAAGCACGAGUAAAUUAAAGUAGAAGUGAGUAAAAGUGAAUAAGGUUGUUCUUCCUCGUAUACCAUGUUUUCUAUCUCACAUCAAGUGCUUCAGCUGGCCUAUGUCACCAUAGAAUUAUUCCUCUGAACUGUAGGGCAUCGGAGCGCAGAAUCUGCAAAUAUUUAUCUUGCCCUACACUUUUAACUAGACGAAAAACAUCUUUCUUGAAAAUAAAAACAAACAAACAAACAGAGAAAUUCAUCAUAGUGGCACCCGGCUUCGAUGAGGUAAACAACCAUGCAAGAUGAUGCUAAAAACAAAGUUGCGAAAUAUGUCUUCUCGUCUUGUCGCGAGCCUGCGACAAAACAACAUCCUGAGCCCCCUUGAGGAAUUGAACCUCAGACCUUCGGAUUCCGCGCAUCAAUGCUAUACUACUGGACCUCAGAGACUCUACGAGAAAACUUCUUUCGCUAUUUCUUUACCGAGCUCAAAAUUUAGCAUCUUUCCUAUUCUGUUUUCAAGCAAACAAAGUUAAUAAGUAAAUUGAAAACAGAUCGACAACAACUGCAGUAAAUUGCCCCUCACUCUAUAACCCUUUCACUCCUAUGAUCUCAUUAGUAACUCUCCUUUUUGUUUACCUUACAAUUCUCAUGAUGUUAGUUCGGAUAAUUUGGUAUUAGAUCAACUAAUGGUCCCCAAACUGACUUUUUCUCGAUUCUCAUCACUUAUCUUCUUGAUAUUGUACUGAUAGUGUAAGAAGAAAUUCUGUCUUGAUCACUAAUGGGAGUAAAAGUGUUAACUGAUAUUGAUAUGAUGUUUCAUGGAUUAAUCACCUAAUUCCGUAAGAAUAAACAAACUCACGAUCCUUUCGAUGUGACCUUAUUUUGGUUUCUUAAUUCAAUUUGUUCAAAGCAAUUACGCGGUAUCUUUUCAACUGUGUAAUCAGAGCAAAUCAACAAGUACUAAUGUUCUUGUGCUUAGAUCUGCUUUGACCGCUGUUGAAAGGAGGAUAUUGAAACAAGGAAAUAAUCUUCAAUUCAAGUGGCAUUAGCGGUUGAACUUCUGGUAAAAGAAGUGCUCAAUCCAAAACCUUUGAGCUGAACAGACGAUAUAACAUUUUGACGCUUCCAUCCAAUUAAAAGCUGUCUCUUUAAGCGUGCAGACUUUAACCGGGUAAUCCCAAGUUUUUUUUCUCUCGUAAUGAAAGUCUGUUGAACUUGAGACAUAAACAAAGCAAUUACUUCGCAUUCAAAAAUCCUAAAUCUCUUUUACUACUCAAUUGAAGUGCUACUGACACCUUGGUAACGGUUGUAAAUGGUUCCUUGAGAACGCUCAGACAAACAGAAAUUAGCUGACUUCUUUGAUCUGUUUGGACGCUCACGGACAAUAUAUGGUGUCUUUUUACUCAAACCGCACUUGGAAAUAAGACGCGUUAUGUUAUUCUUGUGGGAAAAGAGGAGACUAUCAAUAACUGACAAAACAGAAAGAUAUAUGCAAAUUUUUGAGAAGGAUUUUAAACGAAUCUACCGUUUUUUGUUUUGUUUUGUUUUGUUUUUUUUUUCACUUUUCCGUCAUACCACAUAGAUUUAAAGGAGAUUAAAGCUAUACGGGUGUGUUCUUUUGUCGGAUCAGAAUAGAAGGUCAGACUAACAAUACAAAUAGAAAUAACAAGCAUAGCAAACCUUUUGAUUUUAACCUAUACUUUGCUUUUGUUAACAUCUCAAAAUAUAUUUCUACAAAGCAAAGUAAAUUUUCAAUUGAUCCGCUUAUUGAACGUGAUAUUUACUUAUGUGAGGUGAUUACAUAAUGAACUUCGAUGAAACAGUUCUAUAUUAAAUUUGCAGGGUUUAUGAAAUUCUUCUUGAUGGUACGUGCGACGCAACUGGAUUCGGAGCAAAGCAUUUUCUGCGUCAUCAUUCAUUUGUACAACAGAUCAUCUCACUUGCGACCUAGGUUAAAAGCCUUAAAAUAAAUUAAGAGAUAUCUUUGAUAUUGUCUUAAAGUGUGAUUAAAUAAGCAUCAACUUUUGAACAUUGAAAUUUAAGAGCUGGAAGAGAUAAAACUGAUCUUGACCUAAGUUGGAUCAAAAUUGUUGCCGGUGCAAGCAAGGAAAAAAAUCUUGGCUCAAGCUUCGACGAUGAUGAAACAGCAAACUUGACACCCACUACGAGGGGGUAAUAGUGGCUAUCAGAUCAUUUUAUUACAUCGCUUUCGGCCAUUUAGUAUAAAAUUACCUUAAGCUACAAGUUCAGUUUUAUGUAAACACACAUGUAAAUGACUCAUGCCACGAACUCACUUUAGCAUCCUGUUUAUCUGCUUCAAGGAAUUUCAGUACGUGAGCUGGAUUAAUUUCUUGCGCUGAAGGAAAUUCCAAGCCUUCUUGCAAGGUAUUACCCGACGCAUCACUCUCCCCAGUGUUGAAGAACUUGUGCACAGCGCAAUAUCUCACCAUUUCAGAGAAGGCAAGAUGAACUCGACAGCAGAACCAAACGUACAAAACUUGUUUCGCGACCAGAUGGCAGUCAAAGCGAUAAUGACUCUUCUCUACGUUAUCAUCUUAAUCCUAAGCAUCGUAGGUAAUGCUUUGGUCAUAACAAUAAUUUGCAGGUUUAAACAUUUGAAGCGCGUUCCCGGCAAUCUUUUCAUUGUGAAUCUCGCUUUGUGCGAUUUGCUUACCCCACUGAUUAGCAUUCCUCUUGAAAUGGCGUUGGUAGAAAACAGUGGCAAGUGGCCAUUCGGGUCCUUCUUGUGCAAGAUGUUUCCAGCGGCCGCAACUUUGUUUGCGACUUCUUCAUCCCUCACACUGGCAGCAAUCUCACUGGAUCGAUACAGGACACUGAUGCAUCCAUUCAAGCAGCGUUUGGACACAAGAACCGUCAAGAAGCUUAUUGCGUUUGUUCACUGCUUUUCAGGGAUCCUGGUCAUUCCCUAUUUGAUAACCUCGCGAUUGUCACCAAAUUCCGUUUGUGGAGAAGUUUGGCCUAACGAAGUCCUCUCCAAGAUUUACACAUUUGUUCUGUUUCUUGCCCAGUACGCUCUCCCUCUGAUGUUCAUGGCCUUCAUGUACAUCCACGCAGCAAGGAAUCUCUUCAUGACCACGAGCAAGGCACGUUCCUUAUCGUUUUCAUCUGCAUCGUCGAAGGAUAGAAGAAAUGGGUCACCAAAACCGGACAACAGUCCAAAAGCCUCAGAGGAUGGAAGCUUAAACAACACCCUGGAUAAACACUUUCGUCAGCACCGUGACCAUAACGCUCAAGUUACUAAAGUUUUUGUGGCCAUCGUUGUGAUAUUCGCUUUGUUUACGUUGCCCAUUGAGGUCCUAUGGAUUUGGGGAGACUUUGCUGGAGGGAAAACCCACAGGCUCUACCCAACUAUAGCCGUCAUCUGCCGUCUUUUCACAUACGCCAAUAGCUGUUUGAAUCCAUUUAUCUUCUACAAGUUUAACCGCGAUUUUCACCAGGGGUUUGUGGCCGUCUCCAGACAUCUAUCCUCUUGCGGAGAUGAUAGCUCUCUGCAAUCCAACAGCAGUUCUCCCGUUGGAAAUGGAAAGUACGCUCCUUUGUGGCUGACACCACGUGGGUCAUUGAGCACACCAAGGUUUCUAACACCCAGAGGAUCAUUUCAAAGUAUUCCAAGACAUUCAGGGAACUUUUUGGAUCACCAGUCAAAUACAAAUCAUAACGGUAAUAAAAUGAAAAAGUGCUUGGAUAUCCCUUCAAUGGACCAACCGUGUAGUCAUUCGAAAGCGACCCAUGUUUCGAACUAUCUCAGUGGAGAUACGCUGGGUUUCCCAGCUUUGAACAGUGCCUCGGAUCCUUGCAUUUCGAAUGCUAACUGCAAAAUAUCUAUAAACGUUUCCUUUUACGAAAGCGAUUUAACCGUCGAGUUGGACAGGUUAGAGUCACUUGCGGGUCUUCCCCAGACAGACUGUUAG